AUGGAAACUGGGUGCGCUGCCAGCUCGGCACCUCCGCGGGGGGGAGGCGGCGCGUCUCCAGCUGCUGCCCGGCCCCCGCCAGCGGACGGGAGCGCGGCCGUCGGUGGGCUCGGCAGCCGGAGCGGGGCGGGCAUGGAGACCGCUGCGGUGCCGGAGAGGGGCCCGGCGCCUGUCCCCCCUCCCCGCGGGCCCGGCGCCAGGGAGCCCAGAGCCGGCCACCUGCGGUUCCUGCGGAGGAGCGUGGUGGACUCGGACCAGGAGGAGCCGCCUCUCGAGCUCUCCGAGGCCGAGCCGCGCAGGAUCGUCCUGAUCUCCAAAACCAGGAGGAUCAUUGCGGAGAGGGCUAAGGAGCGGCACGGGGAGGCCGAGCUCGAGCCCGCUGCGCCCGAGCCCGCAGCCGAGCCCGCAGGGGCCGCCCCCGGGGUGCCGGCCGCGGCCGAGGAGCAGAAGGAGCCGGGCAGGGAUGCGGAGAGGAAAGAGCCGUCGGACAAAGACCAGAGCAAGUCCAAGAAGGAGGAGCCCGAGGAGGAGGCCGACAUGAAAGCCGUCUCCACCUCCCCCGAUGGCCGGUUCCUGAAGUUUGACAUCGAGCUCGGCAGGGGGUCCUUCAAAACUGUCUACAAGGGGCUGGACACAGAGACCUGGGUGGAGGUCGCUUGGUGUGAACUUCAGGACAGAAAAUUGACAAAAGUAGAGAGACAGAGAUUUAAGGAGGAAGCAGAAAUGUUGAAAGGUCUUCAGCAUCCAAACAUUGUUAGAUUUUACGACUUCUGGGAGUCCUGUGUAAAAGGAAAAAAAUGUAUAGUGCUGGUUACUGAAUUGAUGACCUCUGGAACGCUAAAAACGUAUCUGAAAAGAUUUAAAGUGAUGAAACCAAAAGUUCUUCGUAGCUGGUGCCGACAAAUCCUGAAAGGUCUACUGUUCUUGCACACGAGAACUCCACCAAUCAUUCACAGAGACCUAAAAUGUGACAAUAUUUUUAUUACGGGACCGACUGGAUCUGUGAAAAUAGGAGACUUAGGUCUGGCAACCCUCAAAAGAGCUUCAUUUGCCAAAAGUGUAAUAGGUACUCCAGAAUUUAUGGCCCCAGAAAUGUAUGAAGAACACUAUGAUGAAUCAGUUGACGUAUAUGCUUUUGGAAUGUGCAUGUUGGAAAUGGCUACCUCAGAAUACCCCUACUCAGAAUGCCAGAAUGCUGCUCAGAUUUACCGGAAAGUAACCUGUGGUGUCAAGCCAGCAAGUUUUGAGAAAGUUACUGAUCCUGAAAUUAAGGAGAUAAUUGGAGAGUGUAUUUGCAAAAAUAAAGAAGAAAGAUAUGAAAUUAAAGACUUAUUAAGCCAUGCCUUUUUUGCUGAAGAUACUGGGGUAAGAGUGGAACUUGCAGAAGAAGACCAUGGUAGGAAAUCCUCUAUUGCCUUAAGACUCUGGGUAGAAGAUCCUAAGAAACUGAAAGGAAAACCCAAAGAUAAUGGAGCCAUUGAGUUUACUUUUGAUCUGGAGAAGGAAACUCCUGAUGAUGUUGCACAAGAAAUGGUUGACUCUGGAUUUUUUCAUGAAAGUGAUGUCAAGAUAGUUGCAAAGUCAAUACGUGACAGAGUAGCAUUAAUACAGUGGAGAAGAGAGAGAAUUUGGCCUAUGAUACAAUCAGAGGACCAUCAAGUUUCUGAAUGUUUGGAGAAAUUGAAGGUGCCACAAGCACAACAGGUUCAAGUAACAUACCUUUCACACACUGGUCAACAAACUCUGGCAGAGCUCGAGGAGCCAGAAGCUGACCAGCAUCUAUUUCAGCAUAACCUCCCCACCAGCGUUACAUCUGUUGCAUCUGACAGCACAUUUGACAGCGGUCAGGGGUCCACAGUUUAUUCAGACUCCCAGAGCAGCCAGCAAAGUGUCAUCUACUCAUCUCUGCCUGAUUCAAUACCUCCUGCUAUUCAACGGGUUUACAGUCCACCUCUAAGUGAGAGCCAGGCUUUGCCCCAAGGCCUUCAGCAGCUGGGGCACUACCAGCAGCCUUCAGUACCUGGACUAACAGUGGCUCAGGUUCCACCUGCUGUUAUCUCUCAGCGACCGCAACAUUACCAAGAGCCAGCAAUGACAUUCCCAGUCAUACAGCCAAUCACAGUUGCUUCAUCGCAGAUGGGGCAAUCUCAGCCUGUUUUAGCCAGCCAGCAGCAAUCCAUACCACAGCAAGCUCCUCUGCAGCAGGUUCUAGCCAGCCAGCCAGUUUGUCCAUUGCAGCCCGCUGCCCAUCUGCUGCCCCAAUAUCAAACCCAGACUUCUCAGGUGGCAGCUACCAGUACACAGCUAACACCACUACAGAUUUCCACUGUGCAGCAACUUCCUCAUGUCCCACCCUCCCAGAUUCCUCAGAUUCCUGUCAUUCCUGCAGUUACUCCUCUAACAGGACUUGAUAAUCUUCCUCCAAGCCUCUCUGAUUUACCUGCUGCAAAUGCGCCCCCCAUACCUGCUCCUUCCCAGUAUUUCACUCCAGCUGUGAUUAUACCAAGCCUUCCCAUGAACCCUGCUCUGCCUCUGGCAUCCAAUCCCCCUGCCCUAUCCAUGCAGGCAGUCAACCUUCCUCACACUACCAUGGCUUCUUUGGUCUUGCCCUGCCAAACAAUAGUGCCAAAUAUGUCGGCUGCUACGAUACCAUUACUUGCUGUGGCUCCACCAGGAGUGUCGGCUUUGCCAACACAUCACGCAAUAUCCCAUCUCUCCCAGCAACAGAUGUACCAGCCUACCUUCCAGCAGAUAAUUCAGAGUGAUGCUCCCUCACCCCAUCACACUCAGAGCAUGCAAGCAGUUUCGCAGCAGCAGCUGCCUUCACUUCCUCAGUCACUGCAACCAAGCAUAAUUCAUCCUUCAGAACAGACUAUGUCUGCAUCUGGAGUUGGUAACCAGAUCAUGGGACAUCCUCAAUAUGGUUUGGAACUUGGAGCCCAGAUGCCUGUAAUACCAAUGCAGCCUUCGAUAGUUAUGCCACCACCUUUGCAGUUGCAACCUGAAAUAUUGCCUCCAUGCCUUGGGCCAGAAAGUCUUUCACAACUUCAUGGCAACCUUGCUGCAGCUAGUGCAACAGUGCCCAUAGAUCAUUGUCUGCCUCUUCAGCCUACUGGUCUUCUGCAGCUUCAACCAGAUCUUUCCCAGCCUAUGAGGCAGCAGGCUCCAUGUUCUGCUAUCCAGUCGGUUACAGAGUCAACUCAAGAGGAGCAUGCAAUACAGGAAAAACAGCAGACACUAACACUGAGCUGUGAAAGCUACAUGAGUCCCGAUGUUGCUUCAGGUAAAGAGAUGAGUGACAGCUUUGAAGGAGUGGUUGGAAGUGGAAAGCAAGAAGGGAAGCCUUCAAAGAAACAUAAGAAAUCUACACGCAUUCGAUCACGCCAGGAGAAGUCGAGCAGACCAAAGCUGACCAUUCUAAAUGUGUGUAACACAGGGGAUAAGAUGGUGGAAUGUCAGCUGGAAACACACAAUCACAAAAUGGUGACUUUUAAAUUUGAUUUAGAUGGUGACGCGCCAGAAGAAAUUGCUACUUACAUGGUAGAGAAGGAAUUCAUAUUGCAGACCGAGAAAGAGACAUUCAUUGAACAAAUGAAAGAUAUUAUUGAUAAAGCAGAAGAUAUGCUCAGUGAAGAUACAGAAGGAGAACGAAGUUCUGAUCAGGGAACAAGUCCCCAGCAAGAUGCGUCUAGACUAGAAAUGAAUGAAGAGAAUCGGCAAUCUCAAGUGAAGACACCCAUGUAUCAGCAGAAUGUUUUACAUACUGGAAAAAGGUGGUUUAUUAUAUGCCCUGUUGUGGAAAACCCUACUGAGGAGGUACCAGAAUUCUCCCCAGCAGUUCCUCAGAGUAAACAGCCGGAAGGUCCAGAUCCAGAACAGUCUGAUGAUCAGCAAAUGAGCUCUGCGGUGACAGACACACCUAGUGUCUUGUUUUGUCACCAGCUUCCUAGUCAAACAAGUGUAUACGACAGCCCCUGUGGAACACCUGCUCCUUUGGCACAAGUUCCUGCUGCAGUGUCUUCAGCUGUUUUACAGACCAAGGCAGAAAUUUUAGCUGCAACACUGCUGGGAACUGCUCCAUAUGUCCCAGAACAGUUUGUUGCUAAUGUAGGUCAACCAGAAUAUCCUCCACUACACCUGGUAAUGCCCAGUCAGCCUGAUGCUUCUGCCCACAAUGCAGCUUCACUAGAGGAGCCUUCUGAUGCUCCGCUUGCUCCAAAAUCCUCCCUGCAAACGCUGCAGCAGACGGAUGAAGACGCUUGUGUUCCCGAUGUGGAGAUCUCCUGCUGUACUGUGAGGCCACCCAGCUCGAGUCUAACAGUUCCUGCACCAGAAGCCGAAUUCUGUCCCGUUCCUGCUCUCUCUGAUGUCGUCGUCUUGGAACUCCAACCUGCGCCACAAAUCCCCCAUGUGUCAGAGGCCAGUCAGCCAGGUGUAAUGCAGCAUUCCUUGGUGAACCAGCUGCUUCCUGGGGGUGUUGUGUCUGACCCUCUAAAUCUGACAGGCUCUCAGCUUCAAAGUCCUCCUCAGCUACCGGUAGCUGUGUCCCAGCAACAUAUAAUGCUGACCCAGUCUCAGCCUGUCACCUGCGCUGGCCUUGGCGUCGGUCCGCUGCAGCCACCUUGUGCAGUAGAGUCAGAUGGAGAAGGGCCACCCAGAGUUGAUUUUGCUGACAACACAAUAAAAAGCCUCGAUGAGAAGUUGCGCAAUUUACUGUACCAAGAGUGUGUUCCUACAUCUGCUGCAUCAGCAGGGACACCAGACAGCUUUGUACCUUUAGAGCAGGGUGAGAGCGAGUUGGCUAGCUUACCGCCUUUGAAUGAAGAACUAAUUCCCACACUUGUAUUGGAUUUAAGAGAACCAGGCCUUAAUGUCCCAGACACCUGCCAGGAAGCUAAUGCUGCUCAGGAUCAAUUUGUGUCACUUAUACCUUCUGAAAUGCCACCUUACCCUGUAUUGGCUAGUCAGGCUAUGACUGUGCCUUUUAUACCCAUAAAUCCAGCAGCCAUGGAAACGUCUGCCAUGCUGAACAAUGCUACAGCCACUGACCACAGCAGAACAGAAUUCAGAAUCCAAGAACCAAUGUUGGAAAUGUCCGAAACAACUAGCAUCGGUGUCAGCUCCUCAGAAGUGAGAGAUUCAGCUGCAAACAUUUCUUCAACUUCUGCUGUUACAACAAAAGGUCUUCUUCAGGUUGCUCCUGCAUCAUCAACCAUACCUGAACAAAUGGAAACUUCUAAAAGGAAUGUGCAGGCAAAGAUCAAAAUUUCAUCUGCACCUACAGAGAACUUAAUACAGACUUCUACAACAGAUAGGGAGAUAAAUAACCUUCAAAGGAAUGACUUUGUAGACCCUGGUUCCUAUGGAAAACAGUCUGAAGUGCAUGAUAAUAGUACACCAGCCAAAACUAUUGGCAGGUUUUCAGUGAUCAGUACUCACGAUGAAUUAACUUUAACAUCGCCACAUCGCUUAAGGUACUCUGCACCACCAGAUGUUUAUUUGGAUGAGCUUCCCUCGAGCCCUGACCUGAAAACAUCAGUACGGCAAGUGCAACCGGCAUCUUUUCUUGAUGUCCUUUCUGACCAUGGUUCCAGUGAUUCUGGUGACGAGUCUCUCCGAAGGAAGUCUGUUGCUGCUCAGCUGUCCCCGCAGAGCAGUAGUGCAGCCAAUGACAUCACAAAAAAGUCAGCUUCUCUUCUGCAAAGAUCUGGAAAGACUAGUUCACCAGGCCCUGAUUCGCCGAAUGGUCAGGGAACAAAAAUCCCCACUAUCAAUAUAACGUCCUUCCACUCGCAGUCAUCCUACAUGAGCAGCGACAAUGACUCGGAAUUUGAAGAUGCAGAUAUGAAGAAAGAACUGCAGAACCUGAGAGAGAAGCACAUGAAAGAAAUUGCUGAACUGCAGACUCAACAGAAGAAUGAGAUAGAGGCUUUGUUCGUCCGGCUGGGCAAACCAUUGCCACCCAACGUGGGUUUUCUUCACUCAGCCCCACCAAGUGGCCGCCGGCGAAGAACCAGCAAAAAUAAAUUAAAAGCUGGGAAACUAUUGAAUCCUCUGGUUCAGCAGCUCAAAACUGCACCUUCCAACACAAGUAAUCUGUCAGACUGCAAAGAGUCUCUCCCCAAAGAAACAACUAAAACUCAUGCUGGUUCAACUGAAGCAACAGCAGUAACUUCCUCCACAUCAGCCACAUUUGGAAAUUCAGUUCAGACACAGCAACCCUGCUCAGUCAAGGCCUCUUUGUCUUCUGACAUCUGCUCCGGCUUAGCCACCGAAGGAGGCAAUGCGCAUGGAAGUUCUGGCCAAGGCUGGACGGUUUUCCACCAAACGUCUGAGAGAGUGACCUAUAAAUCUAGUAGCAAACCUCGUACCAGAUUCCUCAGUGGACCUGUGUCUUUGUCCAUCUGGUCCACCCUGAAACGACUAUGUCUAGGCAAAGAUCACAGUAGUAGAUCAUCUACAAACAGUCUUGUAACGUGUCCUGAGCCUCUACCACCACCAAAUCUGCAGGUCCAGGUGCAAGCGAACAACAGUAACAACAAGAAAGGAACAUUCACAGAUGAUCUUCACAAACUGGUGGAUCAGUGGACAAGCAAAACUGUUGGCGCGGCACAGUCAAAACCUUCUUUAAACCAACUGAAGCAGAACCAAAAAAGGCAAGACAUGGAGCCGAAGGCUAAUCCCAUGCAGGCACAGAAUGAGACAUGUGGAGUUAAUUCAGUAAGAACAGGAGUGGGGGAAAAGUGCAUUGUUCCAGUGUCUUGUCCUAUGUCAGCCGCGUUAGCUCCUGGAGUUUCGCCAGCCAUGCCAGUGCCUAUGCCAGGUACUACCCUUUCUGGCACAGUAACACCUUAUGUGAUGCCUCUUUGUCAAUAUGGAGGAGUUUUCCCUACGCCAGUUUAUGGAGUACAGUGGUCGGGCACAACAGCACAACCUGGGAUUGUAGGAGCUCAGAGCAUUGCACAGUUUCCAGCUCUUGGCAAAACUGGCUUGCAGAUGUUUCCAGUGUCACUGCAGCAGCCUGCUGUCAAUCCACCUGGCCCUAACAUGAAAAUAACAUAG